AUGACUGGUCAAUCAUUAUCUUCCGAUCAUCAUCAUCAGCAGCAGCAGCAGAUAUACUCCGACUCCGACUCCGACGAAGUUAUUCAUGUUCUCACCACCGGCGGAAUCCGCAUUCCUGUCCACCGCAGCAUCCUGGCAUCGGCGUCUCCUGUGCUGGACAACAUAAUAGAUCAUCGGCCGAAUAAGAAUCAAACCUCUGAUAAUAAUAGCACAAUUCAGAUAUUAGGCGUUCCUACCGAAGCCGUCGCCGUCUUCGUUCGAUUUCUCUAUUCCUCCAAAUGCACAGAAGAAGAGAUGGACAUGUAUGGAUUUCAUCUCUUGACACUGUCUCAUGUAUUCUCCGUUCCGGUGCUGAAGCAACGAUGUGCGAAAGCACUGAUUCAACGGCUUAAGAUCUACGACGCUAUAGAUAUGCUUCAGCUCGCGAGGCUCUGUGAUGCAUCCGAGCUUUACUUCCGGAGCAUGAAACUUGUAUCAGAAAACAUAAAGUUUGUUCAGAAAACAGAGGGAUGGAAGUUUCUACAGGAGAAUGAUCAUUGGCUGGAGCUUGAGAUUCUUCAGUUCAUAGGCGAAAUUGAAUCGAGGAGGAAAAUGAGAAGAAAGCGUAGGGAGGAGAAGAGGCUGUGUUUACAGCUAAGCGAAGCAAUGGAGUGUUUAGAGCACAUCUGCACAGAAGGGUGUACAAACAUAGGCCCUUACCACAUAGAGCCUCCGGCGAAGAAGAAGAGAAAGGUUCCAUGCCAGAAGUUCGCAACCUGCCAAGGCUUGCAGCUCCUGUUCCGCCAUUUCUCAACAUGCAAGAGGAGAGUGAGCAGCGGUUGUUACCGAUGCAAACGUAUGUGGCAGCUGCUUCAACUCCACUCUUCAAUCUGUGAAAAUAGUGAUCUUUGUAAAGUCCCACUUUGCAGGCAAUUCAAGUUGAAAGGUCAGCAGCAGGAAGGGAAAGGUGGGGAUGAAGCAAGAUGGAAGGUAUUGGUGAGAAAAGUUGCAGUAGCUAAAGCCAUGUCUUUUCUUUCUCCAUCUUUACACAAGAGAAGAGAAGAGAAGUGA